UUGUAAUGGUAGAUUUAUGGAUCAAGUUAUUGAUUACAACAUUAUGUUUACAAAUCAUCCCUUGUAAAUUUGAGAUUGAUGUUCAAGUGAAGGAUAAUACAACAGCAUUAUCCAAUAUAUCAUCGAAUGUAACAGCGAUUGCCAAUCCAAUAAAAUCACUUUCACUCCAUCUAUGUCCAUCUGCAAGAGCAGCUAACAAUUCUGGAAUUAAUUCAACUGGACUUCAAAACAAUAGUGAAAUUACUCAUCAUAUUCCUAUUGCACAAUUAAUUCCACCAAGUCAUGAAUUAAAGUCUAUAUCUAUUAAUUUCGAUGCAAAAUGUCUAUCCAAAUUAAAUCCAUUACUGAUUGGAAAGACUGAAACAGAGAAAAUAAGUAGAAUAGAAACGACGGAUAUACAAAGAGAAAACACACAAACGGAACAAAUAAUAAAGACAACACCAUGGGACAAUUUGGAUGGAAAGAAAUACACUGAAAAAAAUGGUAAGUAAGCAUGUUUUUUUGAAGAAAACACACGCACACACAC